AUGUUGGGAGCUAAACUAGACUACAACAUAGCUUACCAUCCUCAGACUGAUGGACAGACUGAGAGAGUGAACCAAGUGCUGGAGAUGUACCCCAGGUGUCUAACUUAUUUAGAGCCUAGGAGAUGGAACCAGUGGUUGUCUUUGCAGAGUGGUGACCAGGUGGCUGCAGUAGGAGACUACAUCAGGGAAAGGCAACAGAUGGACAACAUGUUGAAACUAAACUUGAAACUAGCUCAAGAGAGGAUGAAGAAGUAUGCAGAUGAAAAGAGGAGUGAGAGGGUGUUUAGUGAAGGAGAUUGGGUGUAUCUAAGGCUACAACCGUAUAGACAAAGUUCAUUAGCCUUGAGGGGGAAUACCAAACUCUCAGCUAAGUACUUCGGCCCAUACAAGAUAGAGGAAAAGAUUGGUAAUGUAGCUUUCAGACUAAAACUGCCUACCACUUCAAAGGUCCACCCUAUUUUUCAUGUCUCUCUGCUCAAGAGGAAGGUGGGAGACAAGGUCACGCCUACACUCCAGCUGCCAAAAACGAAUGAAAAGGGUCACUGGAAGGUUGAACCAGUAGUAGUACUUGAUAGGAGGAUAGUGAAGAGAAGAAAUGCUGCUGCAAUUCAAUGGUUGAUCCACUGGUGGGGCGCGGAUCCUGCAGAAGCCACAUGGGAGGAUGUUGAAAAGAUUGAAGGGCAGUUUCCCAUGUUUCAAUCUUGA